AUGACGGUCUUCAUCGCAUCACUAUUCCUCCCCAAAACCGUACACUUCGCCCUCCCCGGCACUCCCUCGCGCGGAGACCCUCUUCGCCGCACAAAGACCGAGAAGCGUCCCGAACCCGAUCGCCAGCCGAGUCUGUUCAACCCCAUCCGCGACAUCACACCCCCGAUCACACCGACCGAAGAGACCCCCGAGAAAGACCCAUUCGCAAACGAGGAUGGCUUCCGCAUACAAUUCCCCGAGGAGGAGAAGAAGCGCGGCGCGCACGUAGACAAGGGCUCCCCCAAGUGGGGUGCCCGCGCAACCCAGCCCAAGUCGCGCGCGAGCUCUCCCCCGCCCGCCAUCAUCGCCGAACACAGCCGCACCCUCGAAAAGGCCAGGGAACUCGGUCGCCAGGGCGUCACCCAGCCGCGUCCUCUCGCCAGAAGCGACAGCCACGACCGCGUCUUCGCCCACGCCAACUGGCGCAUUAUGAGUGCCGACCAGGGCAACGGUGGCCUGCGCAACGCCGCCGAGGCCGCCGCCCGUGAUGGAAAGCUCGGAGACUACACCUGGGUCGGCACACUGGGUAUGCCCACCGACGCCCUCGAGGGCACCCAGCAGAAGCAGGAUAUUGAGGACAGACUGGCCACCGAGCACGACAUGCUGACCGUCUUCACCUCCGACAAGGACUUUGACGGCCACUACUCGCACUUCUGCAAGCAGAUUCUGUGGCCCGUCUUCCACUACCAGAUCCCCGACAACCCAAAGAGCAAAGCCUUCGAGGAUCAUUCGUGGAAGUACUACGUCAAUGUCAACCAGGCCUUUGCCGACAAGAUUGUCAAGAACUGGAAGCGCGGCGACGUCAUCUGGGUCCACGACUACCACCUGCUGCUUGUCCCCGGAAUGGUCCGUAAGAAGCUGCCCGAGGCCAAGAUCGGCUUCUUCCUGCACGUCGCAUUCCCCUCCUCCGAGGUCUUCAGAUGCCUGGCUGUUCGCAAGCAGCUCCUCGAGGGCAUGCUCGGCGCCAACCUCAUCGGCUUCCAGAUCCACGAGUACACCCGCCACUUCCUCCAGACCUGCAGCAGGCUGUUGAACGUCGAGGCCACCACCGAUGGACUGCAAUUGGAGGACCGCUUCGUCGACGUCGUCAACCUGCCCAUUGGCAUCGACCCCGUCAACCUCAGCGAACACCGCGCGGAUGCCGACGUGGAGAAGUGGAUGGACAUCAUGAAGGAACGUUACAGGGGCAAGAAGCUCAUCGUUGCUCGUGACAAGCUCGACCACGUCCGCGGCGUCCGCCAGAAGCUGCUGUCCUACGAGCUGUUCCUCAAUAAGAACCCAGAGUGGCGCGACAAGAUUGUCCUCAUCCAGGUCGCCCUCUCCAGCAGCGAGAAGUCUGACCUGGACGCGACUGUUAGCGACAUCGUCACCAGAGUCAACUCCUCGUGGGCCAACUUGGCCUACCAGCCCGUCGUAUACCUCAAGCAGGACAUCGACUACGCCCAGUACCUGGCCCUGCUCACCAUGGCCGACGCCCUGAUGAUAACGAGUCAGCGCGAAGGCAUGAACCUGACGUCUCACGAGUACCUGUUCUGCCAAGACGGAAAGGUGUUCCCCGAGAAGAAGCACGGUUCUUUGAUCCUCUCCGAAUUCACCGGUACCGCCUCGCUCUUUGGCGGCAACGAGCUCUCCGUCAACCCCUGGGACUACCGACAAUGCGCCGACGCCAUCAAAAAGGCCCUCGAAAUGGGCGGCGACGAGAAGGAACGCCGCUGGAACGCUCUGUACUCUGCCGUCAUGCACCACACCGGAUCGCACUGGUUUAGUGAGUUCCUUUCCAGGCUGGAUCGCGUGUACGACGAGCAGCACAAGCGUGACCAGCUCUCCGUCCCCCGCUUGAACAUCAACACCCUCGCCCAAAGGUACUCCCGCAGCGAGCGUCGCUUGUUCAUCCUCGACUACGAGGGUACUCUGGUUAGCUGGGGACCGAUGAACCAGAUCAUCCCCGUUAGCCCUCAGCGUACUCUCGAUGUCCUCAACGAUCUCCUCUUGGACGAGCGCAACACCGUUUAUAUCAUGUCCGGUCGUCGUCCUGAGGAGCUCGACCGCUUGUUCCGCCGCGUGCCUAAUCUGGGCCUGAUCGCCGAGAACGGCUGCUUCCUCAAGGACUGUGGCCGCAGCAACUGGACCGAGAUGGCCGAUAGAGAGCAGAUUAACAGCUGGAAGGAGUCGGUCAAGUCAAUCAUGACGUACUACCUCGAGCGUACACCCGGCGCCGAAAUCGAGGAGCGCCGCUGCAGUCUCAUCUUCCACUACAAGAGCGCCGAAGACUACGAAUCGGCCGCCCGCCAGGCCUCAGACUGCGCCAGCCACGUCAACGAUGCCUGCGAGGAGCAGCGCGUGCACGCCAUCGCUCUUGACGGUUCCAUCGUGGUUGAGCCCAUCGACUGGACCAAGAGCACCGCCGCUGAGAAGAUCUUCGACGACCUGCGCAUCCACAUGGCUCCCGACGCCGAGCACAAGAGCCCCGUCGACUUCCUCAUGGUUGUUGGUGAUGGCCGUGAAGACGAGAAGGUGUUCCGAUGGGCCAACGCCCUCGGCGAUGACAAGGUGGUCAACGAUGUUGUGACUGUCAGCUUGCACAGCCGCAACACCGAGGCCGGCGCUACCCUGACUCAGGGUGUGAGUGGCGUCCUCCUCGCCCUCCAAAAGCUUGCCUCGCUCUAG